CUCCUGCUGCCACCUUCGGAUAGAGAGUGAAGCUGGUCUUAUCUCGAUGUAGGUGGAAUCUGAGCUCAUUGAACAAUCUAACAUUUAACCUACAGCAUCUUUACAACCUCAGCACGACCACACAGACGCCCAUGUUGGCGGAAAUGACCGAGUCGUUUAACUUUCUCAGAAUUUGGCAAAUGUUUGGAAGAAAAUAAAAACCCUCAUUUUGGCUGUUUCAUGUACUAACAGCGACCGUGAAAGGUGUGGGAUCUUUCCUCAUCCUAAUAUGUGGUUUCUCAGACAGCUGUUUUAGUGUGUUGUUGGUCUCAGCCUUCUCGGGUCAAGGUUAAGGCUGCAGUGACGUCCUUUUGUACUCCUAGGAAAAGACUGGUGCCUAUUAAAGGGGAAGAAGUUCCACUGAUUGUUCGAAAUCUCUGCGUAAUUACAUUAAGAUGUGAACAAAGGAAUUCAGAGUGGUUUGAUGGGAAAUGAUGUGAAAUAGAGGAACAUGCCAAGUCAGAAUUGUUCACAGAAGGGGCAGUAAAAACCAGAUGUCUGAAGAGUUUAAUGCCUCUUGUUUCGCAAAAUUGUUAUGAAUAUACCGCCUGGGGAUUAGAACAUUAUUUUACGUUUAAGUUUGGAGAAGAUUUUGGCAUAAAACAUUUUAAAAAAAUCCAUUCAUGGUGGUGAAGUACAUGCAGGACAUUGUCAGGCUAAAGGUUACAUAUUUUUCUGCUUAGUGUUUACCACAAUUUUAUCAUGUAGCUUCACAUGUUUUAUUUUAAAGAUGGAAAUCACAAAAUGCUACAAUCCCUAACACAUUAUUGCUAUUAAUAAUGACACUCAGGGGCUGCCUAAUGGCACAACUGUCUUACACAUUCACCCUAUCGUCAAAGGAUCGCAAGUUCAGCCCCCUUUCUGCCAUCUCCCAGCAUGAUGCUAGCCAGUGUGGGUGAUAUAGGCUUAUUUAACUAACAGGUGGAACAAGUGAAUAUAUAAUAGUAUAAGUGGGGGGACACUCUAGCAAAAAUUCAAACAAAAUAAAAAAAUUGACACUUUGAAGACUAAAUGAUGCUUUAUUUAAUACAGAUUGUGUUCUUCUGAAUAUAAUGUUGUCAUAAUAUUGUAAAUCAUGAUAAAAUGUGACAUAUGCUCUGUCAACCUCAUUCAUUUGCAUAUUUAGUGUAGUUCUACUUAAGCAAGGUCUUCAAACAUAUUAGUCCACACCAGAGCGAGUAUGAAAUGGUAGAUCUCAUGAAUGUGGGUGUGCAGCUUUGUCAGUUUUUCCAGGCAAAUGCAGAUUUUCGUGUGAACACUUAAGAGAACUCUGUGCACAUUUCCGUCACUGCAUACCUACAUCAAACUCUCUGGAAUGAGGAAGUAGCCUAUAGUUAAGCCUUGACUGGAGGACAAGAUUUUAAAGAUUAAAUGAUUACACACAUACACCUUCACCCUCUCAGUGAAGCUGAGAGUUGACUAACUGACCAGCGUAUUACAUAUUAUUACAGAUUACUUAUGCUGUCUGCCCUAUGAUGGGCUGGCAACCUGUCAAGGGUGUAACCUGCCUUCUGCCCAAUGACAGCUGGGAUAGGCUCCAGCACUCCCCCACGACCCAGAUGGAUAAGCAGUUUAGAUGAUGUGUGUGUGUGUGUGUGGGUGUGUGUGUACUUAUGCUGUUCCAUUGCUGAUGGGUAAUGUAUUUCAUUUUGAAACCAUGUUAUUCUACAACACAAUAUGCAUUUUGUUUCUAUGCAGUUCUUUGAGGCACAAUGACGAUAAGGCACCAGUGAGAAGGGGUUGAACUGCUUGGCCUGUGGCUCCGAACUUUCAGUUUGCUGGACUCCAUGGACACUUUUUUCUGACUGAGACAAGGAGACACAGGACAGUAGCCAUGCUGCAGCAGAUUCUAAAUGACAUGUACAUCGAGCCGGAGCUGCUGGCAGAGCUCAACGAGGAGCAGAAGCAGGUGCUGUUCUUUAAAAUGAGAGAAGAGCAGGUCCGGAGAUGGAAAGAGAGUGAGGCACAACUUGAGAAAGAGGAUGCUGGAAGAGUGAAACCUAAAAAAGUAUCCAAGAAGACGGUGUCGUGGCUGAAGAGUUCGGACAGUGAUGUGUGGGUGUGGGUGAUGGGGGAGCACCCUGAUGAUAAACCCUACGACCAGAUCUGUGAUGAGAUCAUGGCGGAGAGAGCAGCCCUGCAGGCACAGAAGGAAGCAGAAGAGCUCAGAACUAAAAAAGAGGCUGAACUGGAGAAGCGUUUCUCUGGCUUGUAUUUGGAGCAGGAGGAGGCAGCCAGGAAGGAGGAGGCCCGAAAGGCAGCUGCCCUGGAGCAGAGCAGGCAGGAGGAGCUCAAGAAGCGAGAAGAGGAGGAGAGGAGGAAGGCUGAGGAGGAGGUGAGGAGGCUGAAGGAGAAGAGGGAGCAGCAGAUUUACAUGGAUCUGAAAAAGGUGUCCCACCAAGACAAGGAGGAGAAGGCCUGGCAGGAUUCAUUGCGGAGAUCCAAAGCAGCUGACCAGCGCAGGCGUUCUCUGGCCAAACAGACGAGAGAGGACCACCGCAGGCGUUCAGUAAAAGCACUGGAGAGAGGAAAAGUGGCAGCCAUGAUGAAGUCCUUUGCACUAGAGGAAUCUGGCCCACCUCCCAAACCCAAACCCAGGAACCUCACCCUUACCAGUGAACCCAUUAACCAGAGGCCAGAUAUGCGCCGCUCGCUGUCGUCCUCUAGCCGGGAAGAAAUCAUCCGCUGGUUCAGAGAGCAGCAGUUGUCUCUCAGAGUUUGUUUCCAGCAGGACCAGAGUCGCAUCGCACCCUGGUUUCAUGGUAUAAUUUCUCGUGAGGAGGCGGAAGAUUUGUUGAGUAAGGGCAGCGCUGGCAGUUUCUUGGUCCGUGUUAGUGAGAGGGUCUUUGGAUAUGUUCUCUCCUACCGAAGCCAAGAAGGAUUCAAGCAUUUCCUCAUUGAUACCACAGACAACUGCUACAUGCUGCUAGGAGACCAGAUCAAGUUCAGUUCACUGGGAGAGCUGGUGGAGUACCAUCAGGAGGAGCCUUUAACUUCAUCUGGAGGAGAGCAGCUGCUGCAUGCAUGUGGACAGAAAGCUGGCACUCUGGACUAUGCUGACCUCUUCCUCUGAGCCCCAGCCACUGCUUAGCGAGACGAUGUGCACCCUGGCCACCCUGGCUUGUCAGGGCUUUCUGCGCAAAUGGAUUCCCUGAUGUUUAUUAAACUCUGAAGGACUGUAGAUUGAACAAACCUACAGUAUGUUUUUGUCAUGCUGCCUUUGCAGAUGCUAUAAUUAGCAUCUUGAUUCACACAAUCCCCACAAUCUGAGUAACUCUACAUGACAAAAACAUUGCUUUCAAUUCUACUGCAGCCUUGACAGAUUUCGAAAGUCACUUUAUAAUAACGGACCGGAUUGUGAAGGUCUUACUUUUAUAAAUGCAGUAUUGCGUUGGCCUUAAGGUGACCUAUUACACAGUAAUUUAAUUUUUUUGAACAGUUCAGUUUCAAAAAGCAGUAGUACUGACAUGUUUUCCCUUUCUUUUACCGUUAGCCAACUGGAGACACCUGAGUUAAUGGAUUAUUAUAUGCUAUCAUAAUCAUAAAACCGUAGUGGACAGGAUUCACCAUAGGCUUAUUUUCUCUAAAUAGCAUCUGUUCGGUCCAAAGCUAAUGAAUUAUGCAAACACUAAUGAAUGCUCUUAUGUCAGUAUUGCACUGUAUAAAGGCAAAGCAUAAUGCACUUUCUGGGGAAAAAUACUGUCCCAUCAAUAACUGUUUACAGCAAACACGUGAUCCUAACAUGGGAGUACAAACUGAAAGAAUGGUUUGAGUAUUUAGUACUUUCUAAAAGGAGUUUUAACUGAGUUUAUAUGAAUUAACUAUAACAGAAACGAAACACCCCUCAGUGGCAUUACUUCAGCCCAGUCUUCCGCCAAGUUCUAGAAGAAAAUCCAUAUCUAUGUAUACAUACAUGAAUAAAUAUAUAUAUCCAUACACACACAGGGUUCAAAGAAUUAUUGGAGCACAGCAGCAGACUGCUCAACUGGCAAACAUUUCAGAAGGAACAGUAACUAAAGUGACAUCUGCAUUUUCAUCUGUGGGAGGGACUUUUGUAAAUACGGCUAGAAAUUGUAGUGGAAAGCACACAUUCAGUGACCACAAUGCUCGUGGAUUCGUGUACUAGUGAUAUUUAAGGAAAAACAGAAGAGAAACUGUUCCUCAGGUGACUGAGAAAGUCAAUGCAGGAUGUGAUCAGACGGUUAGCAUGAACAGUCCGUCCGCAACUCCAUAGAGAGGGAUGUUACAGUAGGUUUGCAGUGUACAAACCUCUCAGUGCAAAGACACAUUUGAGAGUUCAGUGGGGCAAGAAUCAUCAACACUGGUCUACAGAGCUGUGGAAAAAAGUGAUAUGGCCAGAUGGAUCAUCCCUUACCUUACGAGUGCAUGACUGGCAUACACCAAGAAAACAGUACAGGCCUGAAUGCUGGACCCCUACAGUGAGGGGGGGUCUGGUGACUUAAGCUGUGAGGGGCAUUUUGCAUGCCUUCCUUAGAGGGAAGGGUCACUGCAAAUCAGUGCAGUUAUUCUAACUAAUGUACUUUAUUCUAUGAUGACAUUUCUAUCCUGAUGUCUCUUCCAGCAUGACAGUGCCAUCCAUAAGGAAAAGAGCGGUCACUGAAUUGAAGAGUAUAAAACACAAAUCAUGUAAAUCAUAUUCUGAAUCCUUCAGUUAUCAGAUCCCAACUCAGCUGAUCAUCUAUAGGACAUUAAAUUUACAGCCAUGACAUUUGGCUAGUGGUUAUUUGGAAACACAGCUGAAAACUGACACAAAUAACUGCUAUAAAUUCGAACAUUUAUUAAAAGUACAUACAGGGGCAUAAGAUGCUCGCCAAACAAAAAUCUAUGUACAACUUGUAAAGCGAUUCAAGCUUUAAAUUCCAUGUCAGAUUCACAUGAUGUGCAAAUUUAAGCUUCGCAAACGAAUACACUGAUGGCUUUCUUACGCUUUAUUAAGUACAAAUCAAAGCGAUUAGAAGAGAUAAGCAUAAGCAAUUCCAAAGUACAUCAAGAGAACAGCGAGAUCAGCAUACACAAUGCUAAAGAAUCACAGUUCUUACGGUCUGUUCAUCGUACCCGUUUCUAGAGACACGGCACAGUCCCUUUAUUCAUCCCUUUAAUAUAUUAAGAUCAAUUCUAACAUGAAAACACUAUCACACUACCAUCCACAACUCCACAGAGCUUUGAGGACUGCUUGUUAAUACAAUUACAUAAGUUACAUUAUACUAUACAUUGUUGAAUCAAUUUGACAGGGAGUCCAAAGUUUGAUGCUUUACAAUUUGUAGUCACACACAGCUUGUGAUUCUAUGUCACAUUUCUCAGUCAGAAAGCCCUGUAAAACUAUACAUAGCACACUGUGCACACAAGUUAUCAAGUCUAACUAUAAACAACUCUUCCGAUUUUGGAUAUUUAUAGGCAUCUGAUGAUCAAAUACGGUCAAAUGCAACGGUUUAGACCCCCCUGGUCAAAUUACAGUUCUUACUGAUUUUCCAAAUUAAAACAAGUAAACACAUCCUCUAUAGGGAACUAAAAUAUGGCAUUUUUUUGCAAAUUGUAGUGCACCAUUUCUGUUUAUUUGCUGAGUUCAACAAAGUGGAGAAUAAAACGUGACGUUUGCACAGGUGACAUUUUAUGGAUUUUCCCCCUCGAUAUAUAAAAUUCAGCAAAUAAACAGUGAUUGUGCAUUAAAAUAUGAUACAAGAUGAAGAUGUGUAAUUAAAUGUAACUCGACCAGGGGCACCUGAACUUAUAACAGAAUAACAGAAAAAUUACAGUCAACGAAAUUACAUGUAGUUCAUAUCUUUGGGCAUCCACCACAAAACAGUAUAUACUGUGUAACACAGUAUUGUAUGCUUGAAUACUGUAACAAACAGUGGAGGAAUACUAGUUGAAUGUGCUUGGCAUCAGAUGCACCAGGAGCUGGAUUUAAGCCACUCCA